UUUAUAUUNCACUAUAUUCAUCAAAUAAUUGAAAAGAAAAAGUUUAAAAGAAUUGAAUGGUUUUGGAGACAUGAAAUUAAUUUUUUAUCAAUAGUGAUUUUGCUAAAUGCUAAAAUGGAAUGCCAUCCAAUUUACUAUAAUCUAAGUUUUAAGCUUCUUCCACAUAUUAAUGUAAAUGAUGGUUGGUUAUCAAAUGAACUAAUGAAUUAUGUUAUUUUUUCAUCCAAAUAUCUUAGUGAUUUAAAUGGAUUGGAAAAGAAACUAGAAAUUUUGGAAAUAAAUGAUGAUAAAAUAUCUAUAAAAUCUGUAACUGGUGAAAUUAUUGAAACAAAUCAUAUUUUACUAAUUGAGAAAACACUACAAAGGUUACCAUCAGUUCUUUCAACUUAUGUUGAUUUUUUCUUUGAUAAAAAUCAUUUGGAAAAAUCAAGAUAUAGAAUGGAAGAAAAUGGAAUGAAAAUAAAUUCCUUGUGUAUAGAAGUUUUUUCAUCACAUAUUAUAGAUAGAGAUUGGCCAUUUAGUCCUAUUAGAAAACUCUAUAAAGAAACAAAAUCAGAAAACUACAAACAGAAUGCUAAAACAAUUGCUAUUGUGCAACAUUGUUUACAAUGGUGUCAUCUUUUACAAUGCUGGAAACCUAACAUAGCAAAACUAAUUCCUGCAGGAAUUCAGUUUUAUAACUUGGCAUCUAUGUUUUUAAUAGAUAAUGACAUAUUUUUUGAUUGUGAAAUUCAGAAAUAUUAUUGUGCAUGUCUACAUCAAUUAUUAAAAAAUAACCAUAAAAAAAAUUGGAAGUUGGAAAAACUGAAUUGUCCAGGAAUUGGUUCUUUUUCAGAUUUAUAUUCUGAGUUACUGAUUCAGUUUGAGAGUUCCUCUUAUGGUGAUAAAUUAUUUGGAAAUACUAUAAUAAUUCCUCUCCAACAAUGUUAUGAUAGUUAUUGGAAAAAGCAGUUGCUCACUGAACAUAUUGGAAUUCUUAAAAUUUUAGGAAUAUCAUUUUCAGAAAUUUUAGUUAGCCUUGAUAAUUACUUAAAUCCUCCUGAAAUGGAUGAAGAUUUAUUAUCCAUGUAUGCAAAAAAUUUGCUAUCUGGCUCUCUUCAAGAAAAAUACUGUCCUUUGUUAUAUAAAAUGGCUCUACACCAUCUUGGACAUUAUUUUAGGAAAUAUGAUUAUGAAGAACAUUUUAAAUUAUUAUCAAAACUGUUAAACAUUAAUAAAGUGACUGAAGAUCAGAAACAAAAAAUAGAGAAUUUAUUAAGAUCUCUGUCGUCUUUCUUUUUACAAUAAUUUUUGUUUUAUUCAGAGUGCUUUGUUGAAAAUGUACAGUUUGUAUAAUAAAGAUUUUAAUGAAUAAAAUUAAAUUCAUUUAUAAUAAACUUUUAAAAAAUUGUA